GUCCCGGUGACCACACGGCUCUCGGUGUCCGCGGCGCCGCUUCUCUUCCUCCGGUUGGAUCUAUCGCUGCGGGACGUGGGGCUCGUUUUACCCGGCGGAACACACACUCACACCCGGACACACACACGGAGCCUCCGACGCGGGCCACCAUGACGGGGAGCCGGGAGGAGGAGAGGAGGAAACUGGCCGACAUCAUCAACCACUGGAACGCCAACCGGCUCGACCUGUUCGAGAUCAGCCGGCCCACGGAGGACCUGGAGUUCCAUGGCGUCAUGCGCUUCUACUUCCAGGACCGGGUUGCAGGCAACUUUGCCACCAAGUGCAUCCGAGUGUCCAGCACCGCGACAACGCAGGACGUCAUCGAGACGUUGGCCGAGAAGUUCCGACCAGACAUGAGGAUGCUCUCCUCGCCAAAAUACUCCCUGUACGAGGUCCACGUCAGCGGUGAAGAGCGUCAGCUGGACCUGGACGAGAAGCCUCUUGUUGUUCAGCUGAACUGGAACAAAGACGACCGAGAAGGACGCUUUGUCCUGAAGAAUGAGAACGACAUCCUGCCCAAGAAGAGUCAGAGCAACGGGCCAGAGAAGGAGGGAGUGAUUCAGAACUUCAAGAGGACUCUGUCCAAGAAGGAGAAGAAGAAGGAAAAGAAGAGGGAGAAGGAGUUUGCCCGGAUCCCCGAUGGAGACGAGCAGCUCAACCGGGAGGACGGGGAAAACAGUCGUCUGGCGGCCGAGGUCUACAAGGACAUGCCCGAGACCAGCUUCACCAGGACCAUCUCCAACCCAGAGGUGGUGAUGAAGAGGAGACGCCAGCAGAAGCUGGAGAAACGCAUGCAGGAGUUCAUGAGCAGCGAUGGGAGGCCCGACUCAGGAGGAACCUUGCGGAUAUACGCAGACAGUCUGAAGCCCAACAUCCCCUACAAGACCAUCCUGCUCUCCACCAGAGACACGGCCGACUUCGCCGUGGUGGAGGCGCUGGAGAAGUACGGACUGGAGAAGGAGAACCCCAGAGAGUACUGCAUCGCCCGGCAAGAUGAUAAAUCGGGCAAAGACGCGAUUCUGGAAGAUGGAGAGUGUCCUCUGCAGAUCUUCAGGGACUGGCCGGCUGACAGAGGAGCAUUAGUUUUCCAGCUGAAGAAGCGACCCCCCGACUACAGGAAGGGACGGAAGGUGGAGGACAAGGGCCUCCGAGGGAAGGAGGGCAGCAGCAGCUCCCUGCCGCCGGAGAAACUGCCUUAUCUGGUGGAGCUGAGUCCAGACGGGUCGGACUCGCGGGACAAACCAAAGCUGUACCGGCUUCAGCAAAGCAUCACGGAGGUCGGCUCAGACUGCACAGAGGACGGAGCCAUUCAGCUGCUCGGCCCGGGGAUCCUUCCCCAUCACUGCAACCUGAUGCACAGUGAAGGGAUGGUCACCGUGACGCCACACGGGCCGGACGCCGACACCUUCGUGGACGGACAACGCAUCGCUGAGACCACGGUGCUGCGCCCGGGCUCCACCCUCCAGUUCGGCUCCGUUCACGUCUUCAAGUUCGUGGACCCGAUGUUCGACCAGGGAGCGAAGAGGGAGCCGGCGGCGAUGAUGAGGACCCGACACAAGUCCGGCAGCGUAGCAGAAACCACCUUCGACCUUCACGGGGACGUCCACAGUGGAGCGGCUCUACCUACCAGCAAGAGCUCCGGAAAACUGGAAAUGGAGCGAGGGAUGGUGAAGCCCAUGAUCAGAGGAGAGCAGCAGGACAGCAGGUCUCAGGACAUUUCAGCAGACAGGACAGAGUUGACUCUGCCGGCCGGCAUCGAGUUCAGAGACAACUCUGAAGACACCUUCCUGUCGGCCAUCAUCAACUACACCAACAGCUCCACCGUUCACUUCAAGCUCUCGCCCACGUACGUCCUGUACAUGGCCGCCCGCUACGUCCUGUCGCCGUCGUACCGGCCGGACAUGUCGCCCUCCGAGAGGACGCACAAGGUCAUCGCCAUCGUGAACAAGAUGGUGAGCAUGAUGGAAGGCGUCAUCCAGGAGAUUCCUGAAGGGGAUCAGAAGCAGAAGAACAUCGCCGGAGCGCUGGCCUUCUGGAUGGCCAACGCCUCGGAGCUGCUCAACUUCGUCAAGCAGGACCGGGACCUGAGCCGCAUCACGCUGGACGCCCAGGACAUCCUCGCCCAUCUGGUCCAGAUGGCGUUCAAAUACCUGGUUCACUGUCUCCAGGCGGAUCUGAAUAACUACAUGCCGGCCUUCCUGGACGACCCAGAGGAGCAUAAUCCACAGAGACCCAAGAUAGAGGACGUCCUGCACACGCUGACGGGGGCGAUGUCGCUGCUGCGGCGGUGUCGGGUCAACGCCGCUCUGACCAUCCAGCUGUUCUCGCAGCUCUUCCACUUCAUCAACAUGUGGCUGUUCAACAAGCUGGUGACGGACACGGACUCGGGCCUGUGCUGUCACUACUGGGGCGCCAUCCUCCGCCAGCAGCUCAGCCACAUCGAGGCGUGGGCCGAGAAGCAAGGCCUGGAGCUCGCCGCCGACUGCCACCUCAGCCGAAUCGUCCAGGCCACCACCCUGCUGACCAUGGACAAGUACUCCAUGCAGGAUGUGCAGAACAUCCACAACACCUGCUUCAAGCUCAACUCCCUGCAGCUCAACGCCCUCAUGACCAACUACCACUGUGCUCCAGACGAGCCUUACAUCCCACCUGAGCUGAUCGACCACGUGGUGGCGGUGGCGGAGAACACAGCGGACGAGCUGGCGAGGAGCGACGGCCGAGAGGUCCAGCUGGAGGAGGACCCGGACCUGCAGCUGCCCUUCCUCCUGCCUGAGGACGGCUACUCCUGCGACGUGGUGCGCAGCCUCCCCAACGGCCUGCAGGACUUCCUGGACCCGCUGCUGCAGAGAGGUUUUUGUCGGUUAGUACCUCAUCCUCGUUCGCCCGGCACCUGGACCGUACACUUCGAAGGAGCUGAGUGUGAAACCCACUUCUCUGCACUCGACGCCUCUGAGAUGCCAAUGAGGAAAGACCCGGAGGUUGUCACGGUAACCCUGAAGAAGCACAACGGCAUGGGCCUCAGCAUUGUGGCCGCCAAGGGUGCUGGUCAGGAGAAGUUGGGCAUCUACAUCAAGUCGGUGGUCAAAGGAGGAGCAGCUGACGUGGACGGGCGUUUGGCGGCCGGUGACCAGCUGCUGAGUGUGGACGGGCGCAGUUUGGUCGGCCUGUCACAAGAGAGAGCGGCCGAGCUGAUGACGAGGACGGGCUCAGUGGUGACUCUGGAGGUCGCCAAGCAGGGCGCCAUUUACCACGGGCUGGCUACUCUCCUCAACCAGCCGAGCCCCUUGAUGCAGAGAGCGUCAGACCGAGGCCGCGAGAAGAACGGGAAGCUGCGACCAAAGAGCGAAGGCUUUGAGUUGUACAACAACUCGGUGCAGAACGGCUCCCCGGAGUCUCCGCAGGCCGGCUGGGACUCUUACCCCGAACCAAAGAAGAUGAGCAGCGAGGACCGGCUCCUGAAGAACCGCGCCGACCACCGCUCCAGCCCCAACGUAGCCAAUCAGAACCAGAGUCCUGCAGGCAAGGCCGUGUACCCCGGAGGACCCGGCACUAAGAUCACCUCCGUCUCCACCGGCAACCUCUGUGCAGACGAUGACCCCCCCUCUCCCCAUCCAGAGGCCUACCCCAUCCCCACCCAGACCUACCCCAGGGAGUACUUCACCAUCCCGGCCUCCAAGAGCCAGGACCGGGUGGUGGGUCCCGGGCCGGGGCCGCCACAGCACUGGCAGGGCAUGGAGGACAGAGAGCGCCUCCCUGUGGUGGAGAACAUCCACAACAGCAUGCAGCGGGUCAACCACUCCCAGGAGGAGCUGUACCCCCCCCCAGGAGUUCUGAGGCCAGACGAGCGCAUGCAGCCUCACUACCAGCAGGAGUACCAGCUCCGGGACAUGGACUACCAGCACCGAGACGUGGACUACCAGCGAGGUCCACCAGGAGGUAUGAUGCCUCCUGACCACUGGGCCCCUCAGCCUCAGGUGUCCUCCUCGCUGGAGUCCUCCACCUCCAGCCAGGAGCACCUCAACUUCUCAGCCGGCUCCUCCUCUUCCAACAAGAACCCGAACCAGAAGACCGGGCCGGGCCGAUGGAAGACGCCCAACGCGCCGCAGUCAGUGCAGCCGCAUCCGGCUCAGACGCCCUCGCGCUCCGACCUGCCCCCUCCCCCUCCUCCACCGCCGGCCCCUUACCCCGAGGUGUACGACCCGUACGACCCCCAGCCCGAGCUGCCGCUGCCGCCGCCGCCCGCUGCCAUCUCGCCCGCGGCAGCUCAGCAGGCGGCCGACCGCAAGAAACGUGAGGAGCAGCAGCGGUGGUAUGAGAAGGAAAAGGCUCGGCUGGAAGAGGAGAGGGAGAGGAAGAGGAGGGAGCAGGAGAGGAAGCUGGGUCAGAUCCGGGCCAACCCCAUCAUGCCUGUCCAGCCUCACAACAACGGAGGGUCCAUGCCUCCUCCUCACCACCAGCCCUCCAUGGCACCUGUGGCCCAACCUCAACCCUACCUGCCCCCCCACCCACAACCUCCACCUCCUCCCGCCCGACCGGAGAAGCUGGCCAGUCUGCCACGGUCGGCCGUUCCUCCGCCCGCCAGCGCCUCCCACCCGGCCGGAAUGGACACGGUGAUCAGGGAGCUUCUGCCGCAGCAGCAGCCGCGGACCAUCGAGCGGCGAGACCUGCAGUACAUCACCAUCAGCAAGGAGGAGCUGUCCACCAGCGACAGUCUGUCCCCGGACCCCUGGAAGAGGGACGCCCGCGAGAAGGCCGAGAAGCAGCAGCAGCUUCACAUCGUGGACCUGCUGGACAAGGAGAUCCAGGACCUGCAGGCGAAGCCGGAGCGGACGGCGGAGGAGAGCGACCGCCUCAGGAAGCUGAUGCUGGAGUGGCAGUUCCAGAAGCGACUGCAGGAGUCCAACCAGAGCGACGAAGACGACGAGGAAGAGGACGACGAGGACGUGGACACCAUGAUGAUCAUGCAGAGGCUGGAGGCCGAGAAGAGAGCCAGGCUGCAGGACGAGGAGCGGCGGCGUAAGCAGCAGCUGGAGGAGAUCCGCAAGCGGGAGGCGGACGAGCGAGUGAAGCAGGAGGAGGAGAGGAUGUGGAGAGAGGAGGAGCGAACCAAACGAGAGGCCGAGGAAAAGAGGAGACAGGAGACGGAGUACUACGCCCGCCUGGAGGCGGAGCGACGCCGGCAGCACGACGAGGCGGAGAGGAAGCUGCUGUCGCCCGACGACCCGGCCGGUCUGUACCGACCCCCCCUGCCCCGGGACUACCAGCAACCCGCCCCCCCCAGCAACCCUACUAACAACCCCCCGCCCCCCCCACAGAGAAACACCUCCUACCUCAAAACCCAGGUCGCCUCCCCCGACACGCUCUACACCGCCACGUUCGUCUCCUACGAAGGCGACGAGGAGGAAGAGGAAGAAGGCAAGGACGCCCCCCCCCGAGCAGGGCGUGGCGGCGGCAGGGGGGGGCACUUGGGUCAGGCGAAGCAGUCGGCGACCCGGAAGUCGUACGGCGACCUCCCGGCCUCCGCCUCACCCAACCACAGCAGGCCCCAGCCGCCGCCCACUGCGCGCAAGCCCCGCCCUCUUUCCGACGGCAUCUUCCUGUCUAGCUCGUUCCAGGCGCCAGUCAACAACUCCAACAGUACAGGCCCCCCCCUUCCUGCCAAACCCAGCUCCGUGCCCCCGGGGGGCUUUAAAGGAUUCAACUCGUACACUGGAAACUCAGCAGGAGUUGUAGGAUCGGGAGAAGUCUACAAGGACCCGCGAGACAAGUGGGCAAAGAGUCAGGAGCAGGAGAACGCGAUCCCCGGGAACCCGGAGAGCAUGACCUUCAAGGAGCGCCAGCGCCUCUUCUCUCAGGGGAAGGAGGUUUCCAACAAGGUGAAGGCGUCGCGCAAACUCAUGGAGCUGGAGAACGAGCUCAACACCAAGUAGACCCCCCCCACCUACCCCACA